AUGGCAGGAUUUAAGUUAUCUAAGUCAAUCCUUGCCUUGGUGGCUUUCGUCCAGGUUGUCGCUGGUAAUGAUCUAGAUGAUGGACUUGAUCUUGCUCCUGAAGGACGCACGGUUCGUUUACCGAGAAGUGAAUAUCGUUUGCGCCGUUUAUGUGGUAAAAAAAUCAAACAAGACAUUUGGGAUGAUGGCGAUUAUGAAGAUGAUGACUACACUGAAAAGGAACUUGAUGCCUACGAAAAGGCUGUUGCGAACGCUCUUGGUGAUGGAGAUGUAAUAGAUAGGGAAGUUGGAGAAGUAGUUGGUGAAAUUGAAGAACAACUUAGAGGAUUUGAAGAAAACCUUCGGCCAAUCGCUGAAGAACCCGCAGAGAUGGGCAGUGAAGAACCUAAAGAGGUGGAUAUCGCCGAUACGGUUUUUCAAGAAGUGAUUGACCAAAUUAGUCAACAUACCACCGCAGACAAGCGUCUUAAACCAUAUGAAAAAAUAUUCAAACAAUUGAAAAACAAAAAUGAGACUGUAUUUAAAGAAAAGCUUAAGAAACUGAUAGGUGAACUGACACCUGGUCCGAUUCCCACCUAUUUGUUGGACAGGCUCUCUGGGUACCUUGGCGACUUGGUAUUGGAGGCACGUUACGGCCCUCGUCCUGUAUAUUGGGACGAGAGAAUCACAUGGGAUCGCCAUCGUCACAUGCUACAAUCUUUCAUCAAGGAGGCGCUAAAAGGACCCGCAGAGAUGGGCAGUGAAGAACCCGCAGAGAUGGGCAGUGAAGAACCCGCAGAGAUGGGCAGUGAAGUACCCGCAGAGAUGGGCGAUGAAGUCACCCAGGAAGUUGCAGUAGAAGUACCUAAGCGAGAAAGUGCUAACCUCUCAGGUGAUAAUAAUGAGCCAGCUCAAAAGAAAAGCUGGAUGCCGCGGUUUAGCUUGCCUUGGUUCAAGAGUCCCGAAGUUGCUCAGCAACGUUUACAACAACUCCUUGAUAGAGUAAGCGAAUAUACGCCGACAGAAGAAUCGCAUAAACAAUAUGAACACAUAUUCCGUGGAAUUAAGGACAAAAGUAAUAUCAAGCUCCCUGCCAAUGUCAUGCGUAGGAUUGCUGGAUUGCCAUCUGGUAUAAUAUCAAAUUUCUUUGUCAACGAAAUCUCACAACAUCUUGCCAGUGUGAUAUUUGGACGUAACAAAGCUACUCUUGUGGACAAAUUCACAACGCCAUAUGAAUAUACCCAAAUUUACCGGAGAUUGGUGUAUUACAUUAUGGAAGCUUUGGAAACACCCGUGCGUCUUGUUUUCGUAUAA